UUCGUCUUAUGUUUCAGUGUUCAAUGGGUGCAUUGUUGUUCUGCGUGGCUGCCUGUUUUUCUAUAGGCCCCACAGAACAAUUGGGUGGCUGAACGCACCCCCUUUUGUGGUGGGCCUCGCCAGUGGGGCUUUAGCUUUGUCAACAGUGCAGAAUGUCCUCGGGGCCCACCAGAGGAGGGCACGGGGGGUGCUCUGCUCAGCUCACCUUAGCCCUGAGAGAGCUAUAGUUGUGGGCAUCCAGAACCACCAGGGAAGUGACCAGGCAGAGGGACAGGGAGUGCGCUCAGCUGGAGAGGGAGAGAGAACCCGAGAGAGGUGGCCUUCUGGAGGGGUUGGAUUGGAAGAGAGGGUGGGCUGGUUGUGGUUAUACCAGGUGCUGUGGGCAGAGAGAGCGGAGUCAUGUGCUCACGUUUGGAAACUACUAGAGUAUAUGGUGCUACUGGAGGUGGUGGUGUUGCAGGUGGAGAAGACAGUGAGAGUGAGGUGGAGCGUAUGGCCGAAGCCCUCUGUCUGGAGGUCAGGCCUCGGUUAAGGUACCGCAAUCCAGUCGGACCGGAGAUCAACGCAUGCUCAGCUGGGGCAGAUCGGCUAGGAAGGCCAGCGUUGCCUGGGAGAAAGGCACAUCGGAAGGCUCUCAGUGAGGAUCUCAGAGUGGGAGACAGAGAGAGGGCAGGAGAGAGAAAUCAAGACGGAGAGGGGGACAGCGAACCAGAGUUCUCAGGAGUGAGAAAAAGAGAGAGCAACAGGGACCGAGAUAAAGAGAUGGCAGACGAGAGAAUUAGAGACAGUGAGAGGGAACGAGAAAGGGAUAGCCAGAGACACAGAGGGACCAGAGACCAAGAGAGAGACGAAGCAAGGGACCGGGACCGAAACGGGGACAGAGAAGGCACAAAAGAAAGAGAGGGCAGGAGGAGUAGGACACAAAGCUUUUCAAACUGUAACACCAACCCUCACCAAUCCACCAACAUGGAGGCUUCAAAUGGUGAGAGACUGCUGAGAGGACUGCCCUCACCGGGACACCCCCAAGUCAGCUACCAACGACCUAGCACCGCCCCCAGGUCCCCACGCCAAGCCUCUGUGCCCAUCUCUUCCGCCCUAGUCCGGCCACCCCCCCGAAUCAGAACCUCCACCCUGUCGCCAAGGAGACUGACACAAAGGGCGAGCCUCACAGAAACGCGACAUUGCUCGCGAGCUCUCAGAGACUCCGGUGCAUUUUGGGUAGAGCCAGGAUCAGGGACGGGGAUUGGUCGCUUGUCUCCGAGACACAGGAAUAGGACACGUCUCAUCUCACAGAGCAGCUUAGAGCUGGGGGAGGAAGAGGAGGAGGAGGAGGAAGAGGGAGAAGAAGAGGAGGAAGAGGAGAGAGGAGAGCUUGGGGGUAGUGGUGUACUGGGGGUAGUGACUCUGACUCCAGCUGGGACCUCGUACCCUGCUCCAACAGAGAUGGAUAGAAGGAUGAGCAAAAGAGAGAGGAACAGGAUGAAGAGUCUGAGGAGGAGACAAAGAAGGAGAGAGAGGUGGAGACAGAGCCAGCUGCAAGAGAACAGACAGAGUUCCACAGGGAACCCCUGGAGUAGCAGUGAGGAGGAAGAUGUGAGCACUGGGGACAGAGAGGGUUUCAUCUGUGCCGUGUGUCUGGAUGUCUACUUCAGCCCUUACAUGUGCCACCCCUGUAGUCACAUUUUCUGUGAGCCCUGCCUCCGCACCCUGGCCAAGAGCAGCCCUACCAACACCCCUUGUCCACUCUGCAGGACCAUCAUCACCCAUGUUUUCUUCCAGAAGGAGUUGAACCACACAGCAAGAACGUUCUUCCCAAAGGAAUACCUCUCUCGGAAACAGACUUUCCAGAAGGCAAGCUGUGCGAAAUGGCCUCUGCCAAGCUGCAGGAAACUUUUCCGUAUCUUUGGAGGCUUCCAGAGGCAAGCUAGUCCAAUAGCCAGGCGUCAAUUCCCUCAUGGCGGUUACCGGCUGGACGCAAUGGACUUUGAGGAUGAUUCUCGCGGCUGGCGCUUUGACAUGGACAUGAUCAUCAUCUACAUUUAUUCUGUGAACUGGGUCAUUGGAUUCAUCGUCUUCUGCUUUCUCUGCUACUUCUUCUUUCCUUCAUUCUAAAGGUGGAUUGAUAGAUUGGUAGCAGGACUGAUGAAUAGAUUGAUGGAGGGGGACUUAAAAAACGACAGGAGGCCAAGAAAAGCUUUCUGACAAAUCAGAGAUGUGCCUGAGGUUGAUAAGUAACAAGUCUGAUGAGCCUACAGUGUUCUUUCUGAUCCCAAUUGAACUGACAAAACAGAAUACCAGAUGGGGCAUUGAGGAAUCAGCAACCUGUAUCACUAAAGCUAAGUUUACAAAUGAAAUGGAAAUACGCAACAACAGAAAGCUACUACCUGGACUUAUUGAUUCAUACCUGCCAUAUACCCAUGACGACACACACUUCUAAUUCUGAAAGGGAAAGGCAUCACUGAGAGGAGGUGGCCCUGUUAGGGACGUUUUUUUAUAAAGUACCCAAGACCAGUCUGGGAAUAAAAUAGCAACGUGUACUGCAUAAAUAUUGCAAUGGGGGGUUGGUUAAAUUGAGCCCUGAGUCUUCAGUACAUUUGGCAGAAGCAAUCAUUGGUAAGCUGCCUUCACUCUUGCGAGAAGUAGAACUCAAGCAUUUCUAAUGGUUUGUUUCCCUAAUACAGUAUAUACAGAAAACUGUAACCUACAUGUAAAAGUAUAAUUUUUUAUUUUAAUAUUUUUUUCUGGUUUUUCUUUGCUGCUCAGUUUAGAAGAUGGGUUUCUGAGCACUACAAUUUUGAAGUGAAUUGCAGAACCAAUUCAAAUUAUUUUGCUCUAAAUACCAUCUCAUGAUCAUUAUGUAAUUUAAUCUGUGUAGUUCCAACUUCAAAGUAUUUCUUGUGUCUGUAGUCUUUGAAAUUUGAAGUAUUCACAAUACCAUUGUUUGAAGUAAGCUAUUGUGGCUCUUGAGAAUUGUACAAUUGAUAUGUGUAAAAACAAAUCAUUUAAAGAAAUUCACAACUUCCCAACCAGCCCUGAUUGGGGUUCCUUUAUAUUGAUAUAAAUUCAAUGUGCAAGGCCUUAUCAAACUACGUCCUUACAAAAAGUGUUUGGUGCUGAAUCAGGAAUCCUCUGAUUCUUGUUCUGCUAUUGAAAGAUCACUGCCUUCACGGAAGAUGAGGACUACUUAAUGACCUUUACUGUUUCGGUCAUACCCUUCAUACUGUACUUGGGGACUAAGGGUGCUUCUUACAUUUUAAAUAAAACAAAA